CUAUAGUCUGUCACUGUGACAGCGUGUUGACAGAUUGGACAGUUUGCCAUAACCUCACAUUUGCUCUCUUACGUGUCUUUUAGAAAACAGAAAAGUAUUAAAAUAUGCAUUCCGUUUUAACGAGGGGCAAUACUGUUUUAGCGUACGCCCUUAGUGUGUUAGCUUGCCUUACUUUCGCAUGUUUUCUAUCCACAGUUUUUCUGGACUAUGUUACAAACGCUAACAUAAACACUGUGAAAGUUGUCGUGAAGAAUGUACCAGAUUAUAGUGCUAGUAGAGAAAAGAAUGAUUUGGGAUACCUCACCUUCAAUUUACAGGCUGAUUUGACCCACCUUUUCAACUGGAAUGUGAAGCAGUUGUUCCUAUACCUCACAGCAGAAUAUAAAACUACAAACAAUGAACUCAAUCAAGUGGUCUUGUGGGAUAAGAUUAUUCUGAGAGGGGAGAAUGCAGUGUUGGAUUACAAAAACAUGAAUACAAAGUAUUACUUUUGGGAUGAUGGAAAUGGUUUAAGGGCCAAUGAAAAUGUAACAUUAUCACUUUCUUGGAACAUCAUUCCAAAUGCUGGAUUAUUACCAAAUAUUGUGGCAACUGGAAGUCACUCAUUCAAGUUCCCAUCUGAAUAUACUACUUAUAGAGUGUAAUUUAUUAUAAAUAUAUUACAUUUAAGGAUAACUUUUUCUGAAUUGGUUACACCCAACCACAUUCUUUCAGUAAUCAGAUCAUAAUUUGGUAAGCAACGUUUCUUUGGCUCCUACUUUUUUGUCAGCACAUGAUAUUAUAGAUUAUAGAGUAUGCAUCAAAGAUUCAAAUCAAAAGGUCUGACCAAAAAUUCCUUAAAGAGAUAAUUCAUGUAAAAUAAAUACCUUCAAUACACAGUAUUUUCAUUAUGUGUGCCUACAAGCA